AUGGCUAUUGGAAAUUAUCCAAAUAAUUCGCCUCCUGAUUUAUUAGCCAAAGAUACAAAAACCAGCUCGGCAAAGACGAUAACAAUCCAGUCGAACGGCACAGCAAAUCUAGGUGGAGAAGAAGAAGAGGCCGCUACAAAAAUACAAGCAGUUUUUAGGGGUCACCAAACAAGAAAAAGCAUGAAACAACCUCAAGGACAAGAAGCUGAAAGGGAACCGACCAGAGAAGAACUGGAGAACGAGUUCAGGCUGGACGAUGCAGAAUUGUGCCAUGCCGCUACAAAGAUCCAGGCCUCAUUCAGAGGUCACAUGUCCAGGAAAACUGAGAGCGACAAAAAAGGACCGGAGAGCAGUUCCAAGGAAGAAAACAAAGAAGAGGAGUUGGACAUAGAUCUCACAGAUCCCGAUCUGAACAAAGCCGCUGCCAAAAUCCAGGCCUCGUUCCGGGGCCAUAUGAAUCGUAAAGAGGACGAGGGCAAAGCUUAAAUCAGCCCUACAUAAAAAAACCGCCCCUGUUUCAAAAACCUUUAUUAUUAUCCUCAUGUGUGUGUGUGACUUUGUUGACCACACCACAAAUAUUUGUAUCUUGUGAUCCUUCGAGUAAUAAUUAUUUUAAAGAGCAAAAUUAAUGCACUUCAAUCAAAAAAAAAAAGUGCUCUGUCAAUUUAAAACAAUCCGUUGUGUAUUCAAUAAUUGAUUUUUAUCCACAAAACUAACCAAACCUAUGGUACUAUGUAUUGUAUUUAAUUGAUAAAGUAAUAUAGGCAAGUUAUUGAUUAGAGAUGAAUAGUAUCCUGAAAUUUUGUGUUGAAUUUUGAAAAAAAAAGGCACUUUGUUGAAAAUUGCACCCUAUAAGCUUAAUAAAUAAUGUUGGCGAGAUUUGAUUUUAGGCUUAAUAUAGAUAAUUAUUUUCAUUAAUUUAUAUUACUUUUAAUUAAUAGAAAUAGAAAUUGCUUGUACUUGUUGAAUAGAAUCCCAGCAUAAUAUAGUACCAUAUAAUAAAGUAACUAUAGUUUUUCAAUUUAUUUCCCCCAUGCUUCAAAUUCGUCAUCGUGAAAAUGCUCUGGCUUAAAUUUGAUCAACGAAGGAGGCAAAUCGCUUAUGGCAAGUAAACUAUCUGGAUAUUUCCACGCAGGCAUUCCAGGGUCGUUUUUGUUCAGCCAAGAUUCCAGCGAAGGAAGUUGCAUUUUUUCUUGUCGCUUAGCAUGUUGCAAUUGGUCAACUUGUAGUCUGAGGUGGCUUAAUUGUUCCAGAUUGUAGUGGGUGUAUUUGCAGGUGCCUUCGAAUAAGCAAGUGCCGCUUGUGAAGUAUUUCCUGCAAGGGGUUUUUAGUAGUUCUUCUUUGAGUAAUGUAGGAAGAUCUCGACAUUGUUCGUAAUGCAUAUUUCGCAUUUUAAUGUGGUUGGAGCUCCGCAAAUGCUUUUUCCUAGCCUCCAGUUCAUCAAUAAACGUUUUGUCGCAAUAUUCGCAAUAAUAACGACGCCCCAUAAUUAUUUAAACAAAUUAAAAAUUGUUGUAAAAAUGUAAACAAAUAUUUUUAAAAAAAG